ACAAUCGAUCUAUUUCUUCUUCUUCUUCUUAUUAUUAUUUCUCAAGUCUAAUGGCUUCUUGUCCCUUGGAACUUGUGUUGUGCCUCUCCACCACAUAACAUAUAUAACUCGUGAAUUCCAAAACCAUAGCCUUGCUCCACAACUGCCUCCCUCCCUUUUCGAUUGAUCAUCUGGUGGUCUUCUUCAAUUCCUAGUCGCCAGAGAGAAAUCAAUGGCGUCCGGAGGCGGAGAGGCGGUGGAAAUCGGAUCCGACUCCAAAUUAGGCGGAGUCGGGAGCAGGAGCGCUGGAGCAGUAGGAGGAGGUCAAUACUUGAGGGCAGAUACUGUUGAUUUCAGUAAAUGGGAUUUGCAUAUGGGUCAAAGCUCCUCCGCUACAAGUAGUGCCGCCAGGAAGACUCCGAUGCAGGAAUGGGAGAUCGACCUCUCCAAACUCGAUAUGAACCACGUCCUCGCUCGCGGCACUUACGGCACUGUCUACCGCGGUGUCUACGCCGGUCAACAAGUCGCUGUGAAGGUGUUAGAUUGGGGAGAAGAUGGUCUCUCAACAGCAGACGAUCUGCGCAUUUCCUUCGAGCAAGAGGUCGCCGUCUGGCAGAAGCUCGAUCAUCCCAACGUUACCAAGUUCAUAGGAGCAUCCAUGGGAACCUCUGAUCUGAAGAUCCCUUCUGGUAGUGAUUCUGGUGGACAUGGCAACGGAGCACAUCCUGCAAAAGCCUGUUGUGUUGUCGUUGAGUAUGUUGCUGGAGGCACCCUCAAAAAGUUCCUCAUCAAGAAAUAUAGGAGCAAACUCCCAAUCAAGGAUGUCAUUCAACUCGCUUUGGAUCUCGCUAGAGGGCUGAGUUACCUCCACUCCAAGGCGAUUGUGCAUCGGGACGUGAAGUCAGAGAACAUGUUGUUGGAAACUAACAAGACGCUCAAGAUUGCUGAUUUCGGAGUCGCUAGAGUCGAGGCUCAGAACCCUCAAGACAUGACGGGUGAAACUGGAACUCUUGGAUACAUGGGACCUGAGGUUCUUGAAGGAAAGGCUUACAACAGGAAAUGCGAUGUGUAUAGUUUUGGUGUAUGCCUCUGGGAAAUAUACUGCUGCGACAUGCCCUACGCUGACACUAGUUUUGCUGAGAUCUCUCAUGCCGUUGUUCAUAGGAAUCUGAGACCAGAGAUUCCCAAAUGCUGCCCACAGUCGGUGGCAAACAUCAUGAAGAGAUGCUGGGACCCGAAUCCAGACAGGCGUCCGGAGAUGGAGGAGGUAGUGAAGCUACUAGAGGCAGUAGACACAAGCAAAGGCGGGGGAAUGAUACCACCAGACAAGUUUCAGGGGUGCCUCUGUUUCUUCAAACCUCGUGGCCCCUGAUCUCUCUCUCUCUCUCUCUCUCCUUUGGCUGAUAUGCUCGAGAGCUGCGUGAUUUUUUUUUGAAUUUUUGUUUUGGUUGAGACAUUGGAGUUAGAUUGGUGUGGGUGGUCUUUGUCAUAAGAAUCUCUCUCUAUAUGUAUUUAUACUACUACACAGAGUCCUGUUGUGUAUAAAAAACUGAUGAUAAAGCUCUGUUUCUUUUUUCUUGUUAUUUUAUGAGGGAUGGGGGAUCAUCUCUUAUCUUACU